AUGAGUUCACCUAAUAAAAUACCGUCUGAUCCUCCAGCAAUUCAGUAUUCAAGUUCUCCGUUAUCGAGGACACCUUCCAGUAUGGUUCGUUCAAAAGAUCGUUCUUUUGAUGGUAGUGGAACAAGGUCUGUUGUAAGUGAUCUGGUAAACGACCGCAGAGAACGUUCGGGACAAUCAAAUAAAUUGAACAUUCAAUCAUCUCCAUUAGCUGAAAGGAAUCGUAAAGAUGAACAAUCUAGAAAAUUGAAUGAAAUGAGAACUACUCGAAAUGAUAAGAAACGGAUAGAGAGACGAGGUGGAUUAGAUAAGAUGGAAGAAAUGGUUAUGGAUGGAGAAAAAGCCAUUGAGGAUAAAAGGCUUCAUCAUAAUGCUACGGAACAUAGCAUACCUGCAGAAUUGGCUGCCGAUAUAGAAAAAGAACAACAAGAAGAGAUGGAAUUGUAUGAUGAUGAUUUAAUCGAAUUUAUAGAACAGAAGGAACAAUGGGAAAGAGAAUUGGAAGAAAUGAUGUCUGAAUUUUCUAUUACUUGA